CGAAACGUCGCAGUUGCGUCACAAUAGAGGCGUUACCUAAAAGCAGGAAGUGGAUUUUUGAUGCAACUGCCUGAAAGAGUUCAAGAAUUGCUCGGAAGCAUCUAUAGCAGACCAUUUUAAAUUUGGAUCGUUUGUGCCACCAUGUGGCCAAUGGUGUGGAUCGCUAUGCGCACCUAUGGGCCCUACGUGACCUUCCCUGUGGCCUUCGUAGUGGGCGCGGUGGGCUAUCACCUGGAGUGGUUCAUCCGGGGACCUCCCAAAACCCCACGAGAAGAGAAAGGUGUCGCGGAGCUGCGCGAGGACCGGAAACUCGAGGAGCUGGUGGGCCGAGACAGCACGCAAGUCCUCAGUCUGAAGGACAAACUGGAGUUCACCCCCAGGGCAGUACUGGAAAAGAACCGGCCUGAGAAGAGCUAGCUAGAGCCAUGUCAUUUUUCCCAAAGAGAUAAUUAUAUCAUUAUGUGCACUGCAAGUUCAUGAUCUACAAUCCAUCAAAUCAUAGGUUUCCAACCCUGGUUUUGCACAUGUGAGGGUUUGUUUUUCCCCUGCUCUAACACACCUCACCCAGUAAUGAGCUACAUCGUUUCCUGAAUUAAAGAUGGUGUGUUGGAGCUGAGAAAACACUAAACUGUCCAGGACAGGGGUUGAGAAUCUAUGUGUGGCAUGGUUAUGACAUUCUGUAAUGUUCCCUUACUGGAAAAAGACCUGUGAAUGUAUUAAAGACUUCUGUUCAUCUGUGGCUUAAUGUUCCCCAGGCACAUGGGCACAUGACUUUAUCCCACAUUGGAGAAAUAUUUAGAAGCUUCUAGAUACCUCCCUUUUCACUGAUUAUCAUAAGACUGAGCAUGAAAAGGCUUCUUGUUUAAUGUGUGACUGGAUGAAAGCAUGGAAGAGAUGCAGAACUAAAAAGGGAUUACAAAAUCAUCUCUUCCCUUGCAAGGACAUGAUGCAUCAGCUCAUUCUUGAAGUUGUGUGUGAAAGGUUUAGCCAACAUCAACUGUCACUGCAUUUUAGUGUUCACAUAUUGAACUAAAGGAAAACUCCAACCCAAAACAAAUUAAACAACUAUCAUUAAAUAGUUCUGAUGUGUUUAGUA